GACGAAAAGAAAUCCUUUGGAAAAGGAUAUUCGAAUCAUAAACAAUCUCCACAGGAUAGUGCACAAAAGAAACCGUAUUAUUUCUUCUACUUUGACGAAAAGAAGAAAGUCCACAUUCCGUUACCGGAACCAACACAGACCACACCGAGAUAUCGGCACUCCGUUCGGGUAGACUGGAACCCGCCAACCACUAGACAAUGGGUUGGCCAAGAACGUUUCCGCGCAAAAAAAACUGGUCUUUUGGGCAACACCUCUAUUCACCCCCCCUCUAGAAGUGUGCGAGGCGUCUAACAAGUGGUAUCAGAGCGAGGGAUUUUCAAAGCUUUACCGCUGAAAAUUUAAAAAUAUCAUGGCCGGAAGAACAUUUCAACCCGGAGUUGCCGAAGGACAAUCCACGACAAGGCCACCACUCUUCGACGGCACAAAUUAUGCUUAUUGGAAAGAAAGGAUGAGAAUAUUCAUCCAAUCAAAUGAUUAUGAUUCUUGGAUGGUGAUCAAGCAUGGAGAGACGGUUCCCACGAAGAUUGUUGACGGGGUUCUUGUUCCAAAGUUAGAGACCAAAUAUACCUCAAAUGACAUGAAGAAGAUGCAACUAAGUGCAAGGGCCAUCAACUUUCUAUAUUGUGCCAUGAACCCGGAUGACUAUCGAAAAAUAUCAAGGUGCAAGACGGCCAAUGAGAUGUGGAAUAAAUUAGAGGUCACAUAUGAAAGAACAAGUCAAGUGAAGGACUCAAAGAUCGACUUACUCACCCAUGAGUAUGAGCUUUUCAUGAUGAUGGAAAAUGAAACAAUAGAUGGCAUGUUUGAGAGAUUUUCAACUAUCGUCUCAAAUUUGGAUACACUUGGGAAGCAUUAUGAGGAUCAUGUUCUCGUUCCAAAAAUCCUUCGAAGUCUCACACCGGAGUGGAAGUCUACGGUCAACCCUAUCAAAGAAGGCCGAGAUUACAAUACAUUGACAUAUGACGCACUUCGAGAUGUGGCUGGAGGACCCACUGGCGGGAAGGCUGGACCUGCGGGCUCCCAGGGGAAAAAGAAGAAAGUGAGGCGGUCCCAGAAAAAGAAGGCGACCAAGCCUAAUCGGAAGGCCAGGAUGGAGGACGCACUGUCCAGGUUGGACGAGGAAGAUGAGUCAUCCUCCUUCGAGCGGGCAUCUGCUUUUGAUCGCUUGGGAGACCCAAAGUCGAAGAAGCCCCGAACCUGCGCGUUCGAUCAGCUGCAAGACACUCGGCCGGCUUGCAAGGGCGACCUAAGGGAGACGCUCAAGGAAAGGAGAGGAGAAUCCACGGCGACCUCCAAGGUCGGCUCCGAGGAGCGACGAAAGGCGGUCGAGGACAAGGAAGCAGCUGACCUGUGGAGGAUGUAUGAGCAAUUGGAGAAGCGGCUAGACACCCAAAACCCCUACCGCCAGGCGGUUUUUAGCGAGGUAACGCCCUUCUCCAGAAGGAUAAUGUCCUGCCCUCUCCCGGAUAACUUUAAGACCCCACAAAUCAAGGCGUACAACGGGCAGGCUUGUGAGUGGUUUCAUAAGUUGCCCAAGAGAUCAAUAGAAAAGUGGAGCGACCUAGCCCACAAGUUUUUGGAGCACUUCUCGUCCAGCCGGAGGCAAAAGCUCCCCUUAUCGCAUCUGCUCAAUGUGAAGAUCCGGAAGGGAGAGCAGCUCCGGGAAUUCAUUAACAGGUGGGAGAAGGAGGCCAGGGACGUCCAAGGGGCGGACGACCAGGCCCUGAUCGCCAUGCUCCAAGCUGCACUCCCCCAAGGGGAUGUGCGCAAUGAGCUGCGACGGAAUCCACUCUCAACCUACCAGGAGAUGCUGGCCAGGGCGAAAUACCUGGCGUUAGAAGAAGAAGAUGAUGAGCCACCCGUCCGAAAGGAGAAGAAGAGUGGGCCACCGGUGGCAGAAGGAAAGAAAAGGAAAGACUACGGUAAGGGGCCGAACCCAACCAGGUAUCACGCAAGCAGACACCCUGUUCAUGCGGUGCUGUCUUUGCCUGCCCCUCCUCAGAGCCGGGAAAGCUAUGGCGUGCAAGACGCGCCCAAAUAUUGCGAGUACCACCGUAACAGCACCCACAACACAUCGGAGUGCGUUACGUUGAAGAAGGAGAUGGAUCAGUUGAUCGCCAGGGGGCCGCCUCCUCGGUCGGAGCGACCCUCAUCAAACAACCAGACAUGGAGGAGACCAGCAGCCCCCGCUGCAGCGAUCACGGCAGGAGAAGGGCAGGAGGACGGACGGCGACAUCUGGGGAGAGAUUGUGACGACCUAGAUGAAGAAGAAAGACAGGACCGUCGACAUCUAGGGUGUCGAUUCAUCAUGGGAGGUAACACCGGAGGGGAUUCGGUGUCCUCACGGAAGAAAUGGAAAAAUAUGGUACAUCUGGCCGAGGUACAAAGGCCAUCGCUACCCAAACGGAAGAAGAAGGAACCUCUGGUUUUCACGAACGAGGACUAUCCACCAGUCCUCAGCCCCCACAGGGACGCGCUGGUGAUAAAGGUGGAGAUCAAUAAUGUGGUCGUCCAUUGUACAUUGGUCAAUACUGGCAGUUCGGUCAAUGUUAUGUACAGCAACACCUUUAAGGGGUUGGGGUUGUCUCGAAGCGACCUGAAGCCGAUCCACAUGCCACUGUCAGGGUUCACAGGAGAUACCAUUGAAGCCGAAGGGACUAUCACGGUGAAGGCUGGGGUAGGAGAUGGCACCCACCGACUCUGGCUCGACAUGGAAUUCAUGGUGGUGCAGCUCGAUUGCGCACACCAUCUGAUUCUGGGGCGACCAGGGUUGGAGGACCUGGAGUGCGUAAUCUCCCCUGCCCAUUUGUGCUUGAAGUUCAACACCCCCACAGGGAAGGAAGAGGGGCAACCUCGAGCUGAGCCAGCGGACGAACUUGAAGAAGUCACCUUGGAUCCAGCCAGGCCAGAGCAGAAGGUGAAGGUAGGUAAGACUUUACCGCCUAGGUUAAAGGAGCAACUGCUGGAGGUCCUUCAAGCAUUCAAAGUGCUAUUCGCUUGGGGCCAAGAGGACAUGCCGGGGGUCGACCCAAAGAUCAUCUGCCAUAGGUUGGCAGUAGACCCGGCCUACAAGCCAGUCAAGCAGAAGAAACGUUUCCUUUCUUCAGAGCGAAGAGAGUUCGUCAGCAAGCAGGUGACAACCCUGCAGUCCAUUGGGCACAUCUGGGAAGUCCGUUACCCGGAAUGCCCAAAUGCCCUGUCGCGAGUCUGCAAGUGGGGAGUAUUCUUAGGGUCUUUUCAGAUAGAGUUCAAGCCGCGACCGGCGAUAAAGGGGCAGGCCUUGGCGGAUUUCGUGGUGGAAUGCACUGCGAGGGAAGAGGAGUCCAAUGGAGAGAAACCCGAAGGAAACUGGUGGACUGUAUACACUGAUGGCUCGUCCGUGACUGAUGCUUCGGGGGGAGGUUUCGUGGCAAUAUCACCGGAAGGGUUCAAAGCAUACUACUCCGUGGGGUUCCGGUUCAAGGUCUCAAACAAUGAGGCUGAAUAUGAGGCGCUGCUUUGCGGUUUGAGGCUGGCAGCAUCAUUAAAAGCUGUACGGAUCCAAGUCCGAUGCGACUCCAAAUUAAUAGUAGGCCAUGUCACAGGAGAAUUUGAGGCCAAGGAUGAACGAAUGAAGAAGUACAGGGACACUGCCCUGGAGUUACUAAAAGCAUUCGGGGCGUACCAGAUAGAGCAGGUCCCUCGAGAAGAGAAUGCCGAGGCGGACAUCCUGUCGAAGCUUGCAAAGGUGGUGAAACGACGUGCACCCAGCUACACGCUGGAGUGUGGUCGGCUGUACAAGCGGUCGUACAACGGUACAUUAUUGAGAUGCCUAAGAAGGGACAAGGCGCAGAAGUUAAUGGAGGAAAUCCAUGAAGGGAUAUGCUCAGUACACCAGGGAGCCUUCACAAUGUCUAGAAAAGUGACUCUGCAAGGGUACUUCUGGCCAACGAUUACCAGAGGUUGCGCAGAAUAUGUGCGUAAAUGCAAGGUUUGUGAGGAGUUUCAAAGGGUGCCAGGGCGACCAGCGACGAAUUAUACCCCGAUCAGCACGACGAUUCCCUUUUCUCGGUGGGGUAUUGAUCUGGUUGGCAUUUUGCCCAGGGGAACAGGGAACAACACGUACCUGGUGGUCGCAAUCGACUACUUUACCAAGUGGGUCGAGGCUGCCCCUGUGCCGACUAUCACCGAAGAGCAGAUGAGGAAGUUCGUAUCCAAGCAAAUUUUGUGCCGGUUCGGGGUACCCCAGCAGAUCAUCACCGACAAUGGAACCCAGUUUGAGGCUAGAGGGUUCAAUGAGUUUCUAGAGAGCUGGGGUAUAAAACACAGCUAUGCAGCGGUCGGGUACCCCCAGACCAAUGGGCAGGUUGAGAACACCAACCGUACCAUUGUGGAUGGCUUGAAGAAGAGGAUAACGGAAUGCAAAAGCGCUUGGGUGGAGGAAUUGCCUUACAUCUUGUGGACCUAUAGAACUACUCCAAGGAAGGCUACAGGUGAAACUCCGUUCUCGCUCAAAUAUGGGUUUGAAACAAGGGCCCCAGCAGAGACCUCAUUGCUAAGUUAUAGAGUGGAGACAUUUGACGCCCAGGAAAAUGAGGAAAACUUAAGGGCUGAGCUGCACCUCAUAGAUGAGUGAAGAGAAAGGGCGUACAUACGAGCGGAGAAUUACCGCCGGCAGGUCAAGUCGUAUCAUGACCAAUGGGUACGACCAAGGCAGCUCAGAGUAGGCGACUGGGUCCUUAGAAAAAGGGAGGUUAGUCGGCCGACCGAUGGAGGGAAGUUCGCUAAGAGUUUCGAAGGGCCAUACAUCAUAAAGGAGGCGUUGGCUGAUGGAACGUUUAAAUUCCAAACACUGUUAGCCACUUGUCAGGUGACAACAAAUUAACCUAUUCCCC